AUGUGCAAACACAUCCUCAACGCCCAGGUCUCCAUCCGCUCGCCCUGCUGUCGGCAGUGGUUCGACUGCGCGCAAUGCCACGCCGAGACACAAGACCACACACUCAAACAGACAAAUGAGAUGACCUUCGCGUGUAAAAAAUGCAAGAAGGCGUUUCGGAAGAAUAUGGAGGAAUUUGAGGAUAGUGACGAGUACUGCCCGAAUUGUGACAACCAUUUCGUGAUUGAGGCUUUGGAGCCCAAGGCGAGACUGGAGGUUGAGGGUGAGGAUGCGAGGAAGGAUAGUAGGAUGCUGAAAGAUGAUAGAGUGAAGGGCAAAGAGAUGUUGAGUGCGUGGGAAGAUGAGGGCGAAGCUGUCAGGCUUGGUUGA